GCAGUUCACUUUCCAGUGGUUGGGAGGGAACGUGUUCGAAAUGCCUGAGCCGGCCAAGUCCGCACCCGCCCCCAAGAAGGGCUCCAAGAAGGCGGUGACCAAGACCCAGAAGAAGGGCGACAAGAAGCGCAAGAAGAGCCGCAAGGAGAGCUACUCGAUCUACGUGUACAAGGUGCUGAAGCAGGUGCACCCCGACACGGGCAUCUCGUCCAAGGCCAUGGGCAUCAUGAACUCGUUCGUCAACGACAUCUUCGAGCGCAUCGCCGGCGAGGCGUCGCGCCUGGCGCACUACAACAAGCGCUCGACCAUCACGUCGCGGGAGAUCCAGACGGCCGUGCGGCUGCUGCUGCCCGGCGAGCUGGCCAAGCACGCGGUCUCCGAGGGCACCAAGGCGGUCACCAAGUACACCAGCUCCAAGUAGACUGGUCCUGAUCCUCACUUUGAACCCAAAGGCUCUUUUCAGAGCCACCCACUCAUUCAAUGAAAGAGCUUUUACACAGUAUGUUCCCGUGUCCAAUUGCUUUGAAAGCUUAAAUAAGAUGCAAGUAUCUCAUGUGGAGUAUUACUACUUGUUUCCUGGUCAAGCACUAAAAGAUCUAUUUUCAGAUUCAGUGCUUUGCGGUGUCGAACAAUUUCAGAUGUGUUUAAUGUGCUUGUGCAAAUGUUAUGUGUCUGUGUUAUUUCAUUACCCAAUAAAUACAAGUAGUGUCUUUUCGAUGUUAGUUGCAGUGCACUAACACAACUUCACUCUUAAAAAAUAUUACCUUUCAAUAGCUCUACUAACACAUUCAUUAGAGAAAACAA